AUGCGCUCCGUCGUGUUUGGAUUCAUUUGCGGCACCUGCGCCUCAGCAUUGUCGAUUCCGAAGCCCCUUCGCUUCACUGAUAAUGGAACAUUUCAGAUUUCUUUGUUCUCGGACCUGCAUUAUGGUGAAGCCGAGGAUUUGGAUUGGGGCCCCCAGCAGGAUAUUAACUCAACACGCGUUAUGAACACGAUCUUAGACGUCGAAGAUCCACAACUAGUCGUGCUCAAUGGGGACUUGAUCACCGGAGAAAACACAUUUCAGCAUAAUUCUACCAGCUAUGUUGAUAUUAUCGUAAAGCCUUUGGUUGCCCGCGGUUUAUCAUGGGCUUCGACAUAUGGAAAUCAUGAUAGCCAGUUCAACUUGUCCAGACAAGGAAUCUUUGAGCGCGAAAAGCUGUAUUCGAAUAGUUUGACUGGGCGCAUGGUCUGGACGCACGACUCGGGAGUCUCAAAUUAUUUUUUGCCGGUGUACUCUUCCGACGAAACAGACUUGGUUCCACAAGCCAUCUUGUGGUUUUUCGACAGCCGUGGCGGGGGUGAGUAUCAGAGGGAAGAUGCGCAAGGGAAUGGGGUCCCUAUUUCCGAUUAUGUGAGCCAUUCGGUUGUAAACUGGUUCAAGGACACAAAUAAGGCACUUACUCGGCUCCAUGGCCGAACUAUCCCGUCUCUUGCAUUUGUACACAUUCCUACAACGGCCAUGCUGGCAUUUCAACAAGGCCCUGGAGUAGACAAGAAUAGAGAGCCAGGAAUAAAUGACGACAAUCCCUUGGCUGCGCAAGGCCCUUCGGACGGAUCUCUCAACUACACUGGGCAAGACAAACCUUUUAUGAGGGCGUUGGUAGAAACUCCUGGGUUGCUUGCCGUCUUCAGCGGUCAUGACCACGGUGAUGAUUGGUGUUUUAAAUGGGAUUCGAGUCUUCCAGGAAUGGACAUUUCGGGCAAUGGAAUAGAUCUAUGCUUUGAUCGACAUAGUGGAUACGGAGGGUACGGCACCUGGACCCGUGGUUCUCGUCAGAUUUUGCUGGAUCAACAUGCAGUAGAAUCACACACAAGAACUUGGGUUCGACUUGAGGAUGAGUCGGUUUCUAGUGCUGUAGUACUGAAUUCGACGUAUGGACGAGAUGAAUAUCCUGCAGUGCUUGAUACGGAUACAUGA